UUGUUUCUUGACUGAAUAAAAAUAUAACUUUUGUGUUAGUUACUAACCACUCCAGUUUGCAGUUUUUAGUAACCUAGCCUAUAACAUUGAGUUCACUGUUUUUGUUCCAUAUUCAAAGAAGCUGAAACCAGCGGUAUAUUCAUUACGGAAACCGUUUAAGAACCAAACUGAGCAAAACUCGAAACUUCUAUUGGACAAAUUCAUUUUGGUCCGUCCCCGCUUCGUUCCUGUAGGUUCUGUUUAAGAAACGUUUUGCAACCGAAUGGGCUGAAUGAAUAUACCCCUAAAAGAAUAGAGCGGAGAACGAAUCUCAUCUGGCGUAAUACUUAAUGCAGGGCACGAAUCUCAUCUGGUAUAAUACUAAAUACAGGACAGCAUGUACGUAACACUGAGUAAAUAAUAGCCAUAUCUGUAUCAUUACUGUUCUGAAAUCCAUGUAAGUGGUUAAAGUUUAGUAGUGUAGCCAAAAAAGUCUGGCAAAUUAGCUCUCGAGAACCAAUGGGGGCAUACAGCCAGCCCUAUACAAGGCGCUAGCAUUGGACUAGCCAGAUAUUAGCCAGAAUAGGUCCGACCUGUGUAUUCAGCAGUAAGUACAGCUGGAGAACCCCACAGGUCGGAACGCACUUUUUUUUUUGUCCUCAUACUAUGUAACAGAAGCCACAGCAGCCAUUUUCAUUUUGGGAACGGCACGUAGAACAUCGCUUUGAACCACAAUGUAUAGUCCAAGGGGGCGUGUUACUCUUAUUAAUCCAAUUAUAGAAUAUGAUCGUUCAAAUUGAAUGAUAUUAGUAUGUUUAACUUUCAAAAUGUUCAGACGCACUCGUAAAAUGUAAAAGUAUUAAACUUUUUAAAAUGCUUACAUUUAAAAAUGUUUUACCCUGUAAAAUAGAUUUUUAUAACGUUUUCCCAAAUGUUCUAAUUUACCUUGUAGUUUGAAAAAUUUAAGUUGAAAUAUUGGUGGUUAGGAAAACAGUGAUUUCUAAAAUGGUUCAAGUGGACGCUAAUAUUACAGUGCAGGACAGAGACCCAGCUCAUCCACAGUAGUAAAUGAAUGUGUGCAUUUGAGGCGAAAUCUUUCACAGGUGCCCCAGAGCAGACAGGACAGCGGGUAAAGGCGAAUGCUGUGAGUCAAGGACUGGGGCCUUUUGUGGUGUAUUUGGCCUUUUUCCUCAAGUCCACCAGGCUGAUUGAGUUUGCCAUGCCGCUCUACCUGUCGAACGACGACUUCUGCUACAGGACCCCAAAGUCACUGGAACCACUACGACCCUGUCUGAACCCUUGCCUGAGGUUCAAAUCCUCUGCUCCUCCUAAACAGAUUAAAUCAGAGGGUGCUAUUCAUGAGGAGAAUGGGAAACCCAAAAGGCGAGUGUCCUUUGCCGACCACAAUGGCCUGGCCCUCACCAAGGUGAAGGUUUAUUCCUUGUUCGACGAUGCCAUUGACAUUCCACUCAACAUCACAGAUCUGUUCAGCGCUGCGCUCAAAUUAACAGAUGAGGACAGACUGGUGCUGGAUUUCACCCAGCCCUCUUCUGACUACCUGCUCUUCCGCCAGCGUUUGGAGACCGAGCUUGUCUGCUUGGAAAACUGCAUGUUGAAAAAGAGGGCACUGGCUGGAACUGUGAAGGUAAAAAACGUGUCCUUUGAGAAGUCUCUAAAGGUGCGUUUGACCUUUGACACCUGGAAAAGCUACACCGACUUGGAGUGCCAUUAUGUCAAGGACACAUACACAGGCUCGGACUGUGACACCUUCUCCUUCGAGGUUUCCCUUCCAGCUGCACUGAUACCACACGAGAAGGUAGAGUUUGCCAUCUGCUAUGAAGUCAAUGGCCAGACAUACUGGGACAGCAACCAGGGCCAGAACUACAGGAUUAUCCGGUCUGCUCUGAAGAGUGAUGGCCAGGGUAGCUUCAGCAGUACCCAGCAGAUGCACUCCUUUGAUUUGGGAAUUCACUUCGAUCACUACGGUAGUCCCAGGUGCUCCCAUGGGAUCUGCCCAGAGUGGCCAAGAUAUUCAGGAUAUGAGGAGAUUCGACCUUACUACUGAAAAAAAUAAAAUAAAAUCAUACUUAAAGGGAUACUUCAGGAUUUUGGCAAUGAGAGUCGUAUUAAUUCGUAGAUACCAUUUGUAUCUGCGUGCAGUUUGAAGGAAGUUGCUAACUAGCGCCAGCGCAAUUGCUAACUAGUGUUAGCCCAAUGACUGGAAG